CUCAGAAUACAUCUCAUAAAUAUCCAAAACAGAUUCAAACAUAUUCCUGAUCAAGAGAGUACUUAAUAAUGGAUGAAAUUUUGAAAGCUGCUCUUGCCUACUUCGAAUUUGGCAACCAUGAAUUUAAGAAAGGUACAUUACACUUUCUUGAAAUGCUAGACCAUUGCACAGAUGGUACCAUAGGCCAAUUUGAGGAAUUCCUGAGAGAAAGGGGUCAUGAGCCUCUAUCACCAGGCAUCCUUAAGGAGCUAGGCAAGAAGCUAGAUGACCAUCUCGGGUUCAACGAUUUCUUGGUUUUGCUGUAUGUUGUGAAAACCAGGAGGCCUUGUUGUGAUCUUUGUCAAGCAUUUCUCAAAGGCCUAUAUUUCACUUGUGCUGUAUGCUUUGACGAAGAGGAGAAAACCUUCAAUAUGUGCUUAGAUUGCACGAGCAAGCAAAAGACUUGUCCUCAAGGCCAUGCUUUGUUCAUCGACAAUUUUGCUUUGCUCCACUCAAAAUCCAAAGCUAUUGAACUCCAGCUGAAGGAAAAUCCUCGAAAAUGUCGGGUUCCAAUGAUGGACAAUUGCCAGUCUCUACCUAAGGAAAAGAUUCAGCUCCACGAUUUAUUCCAACACUUGGAAGAGGGUUUUGUUUUUGAAAAAAUACAACACAUACCAGGAGUUAAUUUCUCUUCUGACAGGAUGGGAAAUAACUCGAGCAAAGUGUGCAACAUAGGGUGAUUGGGUCUUAGACCCUUGUCAUGGUCGUUGUCGUCAUCUUGGUGUGCUCCAAUUCCUUAGCAUUAUAAAAUAAAGAAAUGGAAUGAGUGUGUUUUGUUAUGUAUGGCUAAGUCCUUAGCUUUUCCUUCGUUCAAUAAUUUGCUUACCCCCCUUUGCAUGGGAUAAUGUAUGCUAUGAAUAAAAUAAUAUAUUUUGGUGUUUUUCUUAAA